GCGAAGGCCUCACUACCGGCGUCCGCUCACCGGCGCCAUUUCUGUCGAAGGGAACGGCAGUGCGGCCUGUGAUCAUGGCGCUGUUCCCGGCCUUUGCGGGCAUUGGUGACGCUCCCAAUAGCGGCAGCGCCAGGAAAGAAUUAGAUUGGCUGAGCAACCCGAGCUUUUGCGUUGGAGCCAUAACCUCUCUGAGCCAACAACCUGAAGAGGCUGCUGCUCUGGUUUCUGAAGGGUCACCGCUGACGAGGAGUCCUCUGAAAUCAGAGCCUUCGGAUGAAAGUGAUGCUAACAGAAAGCCCAAACAAACAAGCAGAAAAAAGAAGAAAGAGAAAAAGAAGAAGAGGAAACAUCACCACAAGAAAACCAAGAGAAAACGUGGGCAGGCCAGUAGCAGUGGCUCCGAGCCAGAUAGUGAGCCUGAAGAGGACAAAACUUCCAGAAGCACUGGAGACAGUAGAAAGGAAUCAGAGAAACCAAGUCAAGAAGGUAAUGCUGCCGCUGAUAUUGGGCAUCGCUUUGUUUGGCUUGAGGACGUUCAGGCUCUGACUGGAGAAACCUUCAGAACAGAUAAGAAACCGGAUCCGGCCAACUGGGAGUAUAAGUCUCUCUACCGAGGAGACAUAGCAAGAUACAAGAGGAAAGGAGACUCCUGCCUUGGCAUUAACCCUAAGAAGCAGUGUAUAUCCUGGGAGGGGGCUGCCGCAGGAAAGAAGCCUUCACACAAGCAUGUUGAGCGCUAUUUUACGAAGAAGAGCGUGGGCUUAAUGAACGUUGAUGGAGUUGCUGUUGGCAGUAAAACUGAACCUCCCUCGUCUGAGCCAAUCUCCUUUAUCCCCGUGAAGGGCUUGGAUGAUGUGAUUCCUCCCGUUAUGACCUGGUUGAACCCUCUGGGGAUUUACGAUCAGUCCACCACGCAGUGGUUACAAGGGCAGGGUCCUCCAGAGCAAGAAUCAAAGCAGCCAGACUCCCAGACAGACAGAGAGCGUGCGCUGCUCAAGGCCAAGGUGGAGGAGUUCAACAGGAGAGUGCGGGAGAACCCUCACGAUAUUCAGCUGUGGAUGGCGUUCGUUGCUUUUCAGGACGAGGUCGUGCGGAGCCCUGGCCUGUAUGUCCUGGAGGAGGGGGAGCAGGAGAAGCGGAAGAGGUCUGUGAAGCUGGUGCUGGAGAAGCAGCUGGCCAUCCUGGAGCGGGCCAUUGAGAGCAACCAGAGCUCCGUGGAGCUGAAGCUGGCCCGGCUGAAGCUGUGCGCGGAGUUCUGGGAGCCCUCGGCACUGCUCAAGGAGUGGCAGAAACUGAUAUUUGUACACCCCAACAGUACGGCCCUCUGGCAGAAGUACCUUUUAUUUUGCCAAAGCCAGUUCAGCACCUUCACCGUGUCCAAGAUCCACGGUCUUUACGGCAAAUGCUUGAGCACUCUGUCCGCGGUGCAGGACGGCAGCAUCCUGUCGCACCCCGCCCUGCCCGGCACCGAGGAGGCCGUGUUCGCUCUCUUUCUUCAGCACUGUCACUUCCUGCGGCAGGCCGGUCACUCUGAGAAGGCGAUCUCGCUCUUCCAGGCCAUGGUGGACUUCACCUUCUUCAAGCCAGACAGCGUGAAAGACCUGCCUACCAAAGGACAGGUGGAAUUCUUUGAGCCCUUCUGGGACAGCGGGGAGCCCCGGGCUGGGGAGAAGGGUGCUCGAGGCUGGAGAGCCUGGAUGCACCAGCAGGAGCGAGGCGGCUGGGUGGUCAUCAGUCCAGAUGAUGAUGAUGACGAACCAGAAGACGAGGACGAGGAAAUAAGAGAUAAGAGUCUGCCCAGGUGGCAGAUCUGGCUCGCCGCCGAGCGGUCCCGAGACCAGAGGCACUGGCGGCCGUGGCGCCCUGAUAAGACCAAGAAGCAAACCGAGGAAGACUGUGAGGACCCAGAGAGACAGGUGCUGUUCGAUGACAUUGCUCAGUCUCUGAUCCAGCUCUCCAGCCAGGAUCUUCAGUUUCAGCUGGUUGCGGCCUUUCUGCAGUUCCUGGGCGUGCCUUCUGGCCUCAGCCCCCCAGCCUCCUGCCUCUACCUGGCCAUGGAUGAGGACAGCAUCUUCGAUAAUGGGCUUCAUGAUGAAAAGCCACUGACUUUUCUCAACCUGUCCCUUUCCGGCGUCAGCUGUGUUGGCCGCUCAGACCCACUGGGCUGCCGCCGCUGGACCCGCGGGCACAAUCGAGAGGGCGAGGAGUUCAUCCGCAACAUCUUUCACCUUGUGAUGCCUCUGUUUUCAGGCCAGGAGAGGUCUCAGCUCUGCUUCUCCUGGCUACAGUACGAGAUGGCAAAGGUCAUUUGGUGUCUGCACACUAAAAACAAGAAGAGGUUAAAGUCGCAAGGAAAGAACUGCAAAAAACUCGCCAAAAACCUCCUUAAGGAGCCAGAAAACCGCAACAGUUUUUGCCUCUGGAAGCAGUACGCACAUGUGGAGUGGUUGCUCGGCAACACCGAGGACGCCAGGAAGGUGUUCGACGGGGCGCUCAGCCUGGCGGGGAGCGGAGAACCGCGGGGGUGCGAGCUCUGGGAGCUCGGCCGCCUCUACGCGGGGCUGGAGCUGGAGCUGGAGCUGGAGCUCUCGCCGGCCGCGAGAGGGGCCGCCACGGCCCGAGCCGUCCACAUACUGACCAGACUGACGGAGAAUGGUCCCUACGCACCCUACUCCGGGCCGGUCUUGGCCGUUCACGUUCUGAAGGCCCGGAAGGCUUACGAACACGCGCUGCAGGACUGUUGGGGGCAGAGCUGUGGCUCCGGUCCGGCUCCCGCCGACGCCUCUCACCGCCUCACCGGCCCGCUCCAGUGCUUCAUGCUCUUCCAGUAUUUGACCGUGGGGAUCGAUGCCGCGGUGCGGCUCUACGAGCAGGCGUGUGCGAAGCUGCGGGGCUCGGUCUCCCCGGGCGGCUGUGGCCCGGACGAGCCCGGCUGCGCGCAGAGCCCGGGCCGCGGUCUCGAGGCCGUCACGCUGACGCACACGAGCCUGCUCCGCUUCCACGCGAGAGUCAGCGUUUGCCCCGUGGCUCCUCUGCGGCAGGCGCUCUCGGACGCCUUACGGUGGUACCCGGGCAACCAGGUUCUGUGGAGGGCCUACGUACAGAUUCAGAGUCGGUCCCACGCGGCCAGUAAGACCAGAAGAUUCUUCGAUGCCAUCACCAGGUCUGCCAAACCCUUGGAGCCGUGGCUAUUUGCGAUUGAAGCCGAGAAGAUGAGGAAGAGGCUGGUGGAAAGCGUUCAGAGGGUAGGUGGCAGAGAGGUCCACGCCACAAUUCCUGAGACCGGCUUGACGCAUCGGAUCAAAGCCCUGUUUGAAAAUGCUUUGCGGAGUGACAGCGGCAGCCAGUGCCCCUUACUGUGGAGAAUGUAUUUGAACUUUCUGACCCAAAAGCUCCGGUUUUAUAUUUCGACCGUGUGUGAAAUGGAAACCUUCAGAAAUCCAGAUGGUGCGUUCCCAGCGCGUUCGUGGCUGCUGCCUGUUAAUCGGGGCGGGGGUGCAGCUCAGGCAGACCGCAGUCCGGAGAACCGGCUUCCCGUUUCAUCGCCGCUCCUGUGGUGGGACCACUCAGCCGAAGGAGCAGGGGAGGUGCUCCCUCAAAUUUCCAGUGCUGAUACCGUGUCUCCUUGGGAAACAAAGAAAGGAGCAAAGGCGUGUUCUACAAAGCACUUCAGAAUUGUCCUUGGGCAAAGGCGCUGUACCUGGAUGCCGUGGGGCACUUCCCUGAGGAGAUGCAGGAGGUCCUGGACCUGAUGACGGAGAAGGAGCUCCGGGUGCGCCUGCCCAUGGAGGAGUUGGAGCUUCUGCUCGAGGACUAGAGACCAGGAGGUGUUCAACAGGCCCUGCCUUCCAGGCCUCGCUGCCUGCCCCGCCGGGGCCAGGCUGCAAAGGACGGGGCACGCGUAAGUGCGUGUGCUCCAGCGGCUCUGUUUUCCAAGUCUAGCUUUAGUUCUUAGUAAUUUGUACCUGGGUCAUCAGUUUCUUAGCUCUUGCGCAUUUUUUGGAUGUGCAAAUGACACAGAAGCUAUUGCUUACAUAUUAUAUAUGUGAAUAUGUAGGUAAGAAUUAUGCCGCGUGACAACGGAACCUCUCGUGGUUGGCAUGUGCGGUGUGUUCUCUUCCUCUGUGUCCCCAGCCCCGCCAUGGCGAGUCUGCCCUGUUGGUUGGCCUUCUUGGCGGCCCUGCCAAGGUUUCUGGAUCUUGCAGUCAUGGUAGGAAAGGUCUGGUGAUUCAACGCUAGGACCUCUUCUCCAGGCUGGUUAGCAGGAGAGCGGAUUUUGCUCUUCUCUUCAGGCCACAGCACUGGAGUCCCUGAGAACUUGGGUGUUCCGGCCUGUGUCAAGUAUAGGAAGCGUCUCGUGGUCCCUAAGCUCUUCUUGACGCCUCCCAGCUGUGGACCAGCAGCAUUGCCUGGGCGUGCUGCAGCCUCGUACUUAGGACCCCUGGAGACUUAGGAGCACCCAGGUGUGGGAAGGACCCCUGCUGCAGGGGGCACGUGGGCAGCCAUCUGAGCAGAGCAGAAUGGAGUGGUGGCUUCCUACCAGACCCUGCCCGCCCGUGAGCCUGGCCGCGCGACGCCCUCACGUGGGUGCGGCAGCGCUGCUCGGGACAGAGACCCGCACUGGCCGCCUUCUUGAUGUCUGAGGGUUAUGAGUGGAAUGAAAUGUGAAUGUCCACAUUCAGACCACUUUCUUCUGAAGAGGACAUGCGUGCAGUUAUUAACCAUUAAUAUUUAACUAGGACGAAAUUGCUUUCUCUUCUCUGAGGCCCGGCUCUCAAACAAAACCGCGACGCCUCUAACUGCCGACGUUGUCGUUCUUUGGCACCUCAUCCAGAAAAGCCAGUGUCGUGGAACAGAAUUUUGGCGCACAACAGCUGGAAAAGGAGGCUGGCGAGUCAGAGCCCCCGAGGAAGGUGGCCGGCCAGCCAGCCAAGUGGACGCUUGCCGUGUCUGCCCGGCUCACUCCCUGGCUCGCACACGGACCUGCUCAGAAAGGAGAGGAGUGCUGGAAACAGAUGGGGGAAGGGAAGCUCUGACGUGGUUUUGAACACCCUGGAGAUGGAUGAGGUUUCUGAACCUGAGAACGAGGGAUGCCAGGGCAGGGGGAGGGACGCCAGCCAGGGCCUGUGGAGAGUCCUACUAGGAACCCCACUACUCCUUUCCUGCCCCAGAGUGCUAAGAACCCACAGGCUCCAGACCUUCCAAAAUGAAAAGCUGUUUCCUUCUGAAGCCAGAGCCAUACUCUUCAACGGCAGAGCCCACCGGCUUUAGGGGUCCUGCUUUCCCACUAGCUGCUGUCCAGCUCUGCCACCGGCUCUGGGUGUGUGAGGCAGGGCAAGAGGUGUUGAAGUCUGCACUCCCUGUCACCUCCCAGAAGCCUCCCUAUGCCCAGGUCCACCUGCUUGUUGCUGCUG